AUGACUCUCAUGAAGCUCUCCUCGUUUUCACUACUGCUCGCCGGCUUGGUCGUCGGCCAGGGUCAACAGAGUGUUCAGUACAACCAGGUCAUCAACCUAAAUGGGGAUAUGCAACUCAACAACCUAGUAUUCCCCGACAAUACCAAGAUCGAGACCUUUUCGCAGACGCAACGCCAGAUCAUCGUCAACCAGAACCCGAACCCGUUGCCGGCGAGCCACAUCGUCGGCUCGACGGGGCAGCCCUUCGUUCAGCUGUCGCGCACCUCCCUGACGAUCCAGACCAAUGGGGCCACCGACCUCGUGGGCGCGCAGAUCGAGCUGCCCAUCGACCAGGCGACGCUGCAGCAGGCCGGCGUCACGGCCGACAACACCUUUGUCGCGAUGCUCUCCAAGGACCGCCAGGCGUGGAUCGUCAUGGAGGGCGCCAAGAGCGUCAACAUCACCGACGCCAACGUCCGCAUGGUCAAGCUGACGCAGAUCGACGGCGAGUACGUCGCCGUCGGCCGCCAGACGAGCGAGCUGGGCGCCUCCCUGACCCCCUUCGGCCAGCCCGUCACCAUCGCCGGGUCGGGGAUCCAGGAGGCCGAGUUCCAGGACGGCUUCCGCAUGUCCAUCAGGGCGAGCCAGCCGAUGAGCAUCCGCACGGAUGUUGUGAACGGCAUCAGCGCCGAAAUGGUCACCAACGGCAUCAUGUCCAUUAUCACGAGCAACCUCGCAGGCGUCGUGCCUCAGCUCAACUCCAUGACCGCCGUGGUCCAAGUACCACUCAACGUAGAUCGACUCAUGGCCAUGGCCAUGCGCGCCGGAGCGGCGCCCCAGUCCUCCAUCACGCUCGGCAUCGCCCAACGCCCGGUCCUCCAGAACCCGGGCGGCGCCACGGGUGGCAUCCAGGCUCCCCGGCUCAAGCAGCGUCAGGAGGCGAACAACGGGACCGCCGGCGGCAACACGGCGGGCAACGGCGCGGGCACCGCUGCCGGGAACGCGCCGGCCGUCGGACAGAACCCGCCUCCCCAGAACGGUCAGAACCCGCCGCAAAACGGCCAGAACCCGCAGAUCGGACCGCAGAUCCCCGCGGCUACCCAGCUCCUCCUGGCGCAGACCUUCAGCCCGAUCAACGCCCAGGUCCUCCUGGACAGAGAGAACGCCCGCAUCGCCGUGCCCGUCAGCCAGAUUGACGGCGAGUUCAUCCUCACCAUGAUGGUCGCCGGCACCCCCGUCGGCACUCCGCCGCAGCCCGCGCCUCAGCAGCCGGGGCAGCCGCAGCCGGGACAGCCUCAGCAAGGCGGAGGUCAGCAACAGGGAGGCGGUCUCGUCCAGCCGGCCGCACCUCAGCAGGGAGGCGGCGGCAUCACCGGCGCCCAGUCCGGCAGCGGCGGCGCGGCACGCAGACAGGAACCCGUGGUGCCGCCGGCAGCCCCUCCGAACCCGAUGCUCCUGGCCGGCGGGUUCGAGAUGAAGAUGGCGGACCUGAUGGCCAUGGCGGACACGAAGCGCAACGGGGGUGUCAUGGCGACGUGGGAGAUGAUGACCAACUUCGCGGCCCAGCAGCAGAAGCCCGAGCCGCACAAGAAGGCUGAGCAGAAGAGGUCCGAGAUCAUGAGACGGCGGUCGUUCCCGAUGAGACGACGUCUGGGCGUGCAUUUCUAA